UGUCAUCAGUCAAACGUCAAAUAAUUGUCAAUGCAUAAACCAACUUAGCGCGGCAUUUUGUAUUUCAGCAUUGUGUUCUUUUACUUUUUCUCGAUAUAUUGUAUUAAAUGAUAGCUUAUUCGCAAUUAUGGCAGAAAAACUCGAAGAUCUAAAUUUACCGCUCACUGUGGUUACACGAAUCGUUAAAGAGGCCUUGCCCGAAGGAGUUUCUAUAUCAAAAGAGGCGCGAACAGGUUUGGCUAAAGCUGCGUCUGUUUUUGUACUAUACGUUACUUCUGCGGCAACUAAUAUUGUUAAGAACCACAAAAGGAAAGCUUUAACCGGCCAGGAUGUAUUAGAAGCUAUGGCUGAUAUAGAAUUUGAUAGAUUCAUGGAGCCCUUAAGAGAUGCCUUAGAACAAUACAAAAUCACGGCUUCAGCCAAAAAAUCAGCCGCUGGUAAGAAAAAGGACGAAGAAGAUGUAGAAAUGGUUGAAGAAGAUGAAUGAAUAUCGAUCUUUUUAGUUUUAAAUCUGUGUACCUUUGUGAUAUUGUGAUGAAUUGUUCUAUGUAAGUUAAACAUGGUAAAUAUUUUGUUUAUCA